UCAGUGAUCAAUCAGGCCCGGGAAACUCAAACGCCCAGUAUGAUAGCAAAAAAGCAGCCAUGUUUCGAAAGAGGACAUUUGAAUGGUUCUGAAGUCAGAAAGAGUUGCCAAGUCAGGAGUCCAGCUACUUCGAGUCGUCCUUGUCGCUACUGCAGCGAAACACAUCGUGGUAAAUCACUUCCCUGCGACCUGCAUGCAGUGUUGUCGCCCACUACUAGCACUAGCGCGAGGAUUCGAUGAAACUUGAGUGGGAAGGAUGUUUCAGUCCGGGCCGGGUCGUUGAAGACCAGCAAGACGAAAAGAUUUACAUCACCUGAUCAUAACUCGACAGCUGAAAGUGUAUUGAUUCCACUUCCUGGCCCUGCUGGCACACGGUUGCUAGGACACUGUCGGGUCACUACUCUGCCUUGUCUCACUGAAGACAGUGCUGGGGUGCGUACGUGCAGGAAGCGCAUCCUGCCCCAAUGUCGUCUUUUCACAGUCCCAGUUCGCUGGCCGCCGGGUCAUGGUCACUGCGUGGCAGCGGCGGUGGUGGUGGUGGCAGUCACAGCGCCAGUGGCAUAUCGCUGGGCAGGCUGGAUCACUCGGAGGACGACAUGCUGCAGCAGCAGCUUGGUGCCCAACUGGCACAGUACAGGAAAGAAAUGGCGUCGCUGCAAGAGCGUGCUAGCGGCAUCGUCCAUGAGAAUGCCAGCCUGCGGGAGGAGGUCGCAAACUACCGGUCCAUCUCGGCCACGACAAGAUCUGACAGCACACGCUUCACCGGCGGUGUGUUUGGCAGUGGUGCUGCAUCAAGCAAGACCGCUCUCAGGUCAAGCCGUAGACCAGGAACUGAAGUCAAGGCGAAAACCUCUCCUCGGGAGGUAUUUCCGGAUGCCAGUGCUCAUGCUAUACCCACUGAUCACAGGCUUGCGCAGCUGGCUUCACCAACUACAUCACCGACACUGCAGAGGGCAAGAAGGUUUGAAGGUGCUGCUGUGAGUACAGCCCAGGAACAGAGGUCCCCAGCUAGCAGACGUGCACAGCCAGCAGCAAGGCCUAAUAUCAACGAAGAUGAAGACGGUUCCUUGGAGUGCACGGAGCUGCAGUCAUCACUGGCCGCAACUCCAUCACCAGGGCAACGUCAAGGCGGUGGACAGAGAAUGGCCUACUUAGAAUUGGAACUGGCACGUUGUCGCAAGGAAAAGGAGCGUUUGGAACAGAACCUAGACGACACAAACUACCAACUGACAUGUCGCUUGAAGGACGUUCUACAGCUGGAGACAAGGCUGAGUGUCCAAGAUGAGAAUAACAAGAAGCGCGAGGCCGAGAUCAAAGCAGAUAUUCCAGAGCUGUGCGUGUCCUGCGGCCAUCGUAAGGCCUUGCUUCCUCAGCCACUCAGCGCAGAAGACAAGACAACGAUUCAUGGGCUUGAGAGGGAGAGGGAUGAGGCUCUUGCCUGGCUGAGUAGCUUGAGAGAGCGUCUUGCCGAGCGCAGGGAGAAAGAGCUUAGCACAGAUCAGCAUAUUCAGAGUCUCACCGGCCACGUCAAGGUCUUUACAGAGGAAAACCAGCAGUUGAAGCGGGAGGUCUCCCAAUUGAGGACUCUUCUGCGCAAUGCCGAAACAAACAGUGCUGCACAGCUGGAGAAGCUGAACAAUGAGCAUAGCUCGCUGGCAAAGAGUCUCCAAGCUGACUGGGAAGCCGAGAGAGGUCAAUUGGCGGGAGAGGCACAACAGAGUAGACAUACAAUCAUGAGAUCAAAGGAGGACAUGAUCAGCUUGCGCAGAGAAAAGGACCGUCUCGAAUCUGAGCUAAACUCUCUACAACAGCAUCAUGCUAUGGACACGCAGCACUGGGAAAAGAGAGUUACUCAACUGGAAACAGACCAGAAGGAACAGGGUGCUGUGCACCGCAAGCAAAUGUCAGAGCGCGACACCGUGAGCAAGCAAUUGGUGGCUGGCAAUGAGCGCCUGAGAAGGGAGCUAGCUGAGCUAAAGAUCCACACUGCCUCGUGCAAUACAGAGUUGGAGUCGAUGGAGGAAACUCUGCAAGAAAGCCAAAAUCGCUGCACCCAGCUGGAGACAAUGCACACGAAAUGCAAACAGGAACUUCUUGGCGCGCAGCUGAAGCACAAGCAUGAUGCGCAGAUGAGGGAAACAGAGUUUGCACACCAGCAAGCUGAAUGGCAACGCCAACUCGACGAUGCCAACCUGAAAUAUUCGUAUGCCGUAAAACAGCACGGUGCUGCGGAGCGAGAUCUUCAACAGAAGCUUGAAGAGGAGAGGAGUAUAUGUCAGCACUGGAAAAACCAGUGCCGCGAAGUAACUGAUGCCAUGAGAGUAGACAUAGACAAGUUCAGGUCAAGGUCAGCUUCAAACAAAGCAGCGGCUGCGGCACUUGCUGACGAACGUGAUGCAAUGGCAAGGGAUGCUGCUAUGCUUGAAGCUGAGCUGAAGAAGCAGAGGAAGUUGUGCCGUAAACUGCAGGACUCUCUGACACAGACCGAGCAGGAAAGUGCUCACUGGAAAACGCAGGUACAGGGCUUGCUUCAGAAACAGUGUGAGCUGAUGCAUGAACGGCGCAAGCUGAGCCGCCGCCUGGAUAAGUACCUCUCGGCACAACCUGCUGGUCGAAAUGCCUUGUCACCGUCGCCGUUACACAUGUCAGUGGACGCUUCCCAGCAUAUGCUUGGCGAGGUAGCGAGUGACUAUGCUACAGCAGACAUUGGUUUGGCCGGUGGAUAUGCGAAUGAUGUCGAUCAUCGUAUGCACACGCGGGAUAGCUAACCUGGCUUUGCUCCGAAUCAGCUCCCGGCAGCAAGUCUGAUGAAGAACGGCUCUGUGACAUACAGACUGGACACUAGGUCGUAAUGACUGACCCACAUAUCAUUUUCAUCCACCCACUUCUGAUAGUAUAUUUUUGCAGGACGAUGAUGCUACACCACUGGUUAUUUGUUUUAUGGUUGUUGAUUGAGCCGGUUUAUUUUUGUGCGCGGGCACUGCCUCGAAUUAAUGAUGCAGCACUCAACCGUGACGCUACUUCUGUUUCAAAUUUUUGUCUCAAAAACUAAAGAGUAUAUGUGAUAAUUUCAGCGACUCGUGCUGCAUGCCUGGCUAACUGGCCUUGGCUAUAGUGCAGAUUGUUACUACAUGUACUUGUACAUUGCAUUGUUGAUCUGCUGACUAUGUGGGUAAUGGAAUGCUAGUGAGAUGGUGCUGCAGUUAUGCCAUCGGUUGUCAGACAUUUGAGAAUACUGUAAAAUCU